AUGACAGACAAAGGAACCAAGGAAGAAAGAAUCUCCACUGAUGUGAGACUUCAAGGAAAUGAUAAUCUUGGCGUAUCUCUUGUGUCUGCUCCAUUGAAUGGGAACAACUACUUAUCUUGGGCAAGAUCCAUCAAGAUAGCCCUUGGAGCAAGACAAAAAUUGGGUUACUUUGAUGGGUCGCACGCAAAACCAAUAGAAGAUAAAGACGCCAUUGAGCAAUGGCAGAAAAAUUAUUACAUGGUAGUCUCUUGGAUAUUGAAUUCAAUAUCAAAAGAGAUUGCAGAAGCCUUUUUAUACACAGAAACAGCAAGGGACAUGUGUAUAGAACUUGAGAUGCGGUUUGGUGAAAGCAAUGGACCACUUCUCUAUAAAAUCCAAAGAGAAAUUGCAUCCAUCUCACAAAACAAUUCCAAUGUAGCAACAUACUUCACAAAACUCAAGAAACUUUAG